UGGUAGAUAUAUAAGACAGCGUAUUGUAGCAGGGUGCAACAGAUUCACAAGUUGGUCUAAAACUUGAAGUACCUCAACUCAUUCCAUCUUCGUCCACGAAAACAACCAAUCACGCAGGGACCAUGGUUAUGAUGAAGCUCUCUGCCCUCCUCAUUGCCUAUUUCCUGGUCAUUUGUCAGAUGUACAGCUCACAUGCAGCUCCAGCCAGAACUGGUUUAGAGUCCAUGACAGACCAAGUCACGCUAACUGACUAUGAAGCCCGAAGGCUACUCAACGCCAUCGUCAAGGAGUUUGUUCAAAUGACUUCAGAGGAACUGGAGCAACAAGCCAAUGAAGGAAAUAGCAGCGUUACAGCACAGAAGCGUGCGUGCAAUACUGCCACAUGUGUCACCCACCGCCUGGCUGACUUCCUGAACAGAUCAGGAGGAAUGGGCAACACUAACUUUGUCCCCACCAACGUGGGCGCCAAGGCGUUCGGACGACGAAGGAGAGACAGCCCCAUGACAGCACCUAUGUGAAUGUGUCAACAGUCCUCAGGAAUAUGAGUAUGUGCCCUUUAGUGAGACAACAAUACAUCCUGUCCUGAACCAACUACAGACAUCUGGAAAUGACAACUCUUCACUGUUUUAAAAAAACAACCUUCAAACUACAGGACUGAUUUCCUGCAUACCUCUUGCAUACUCUGUGUUACCGAUAUUCAUUUUUGCUCUAUGACCAUGAGGAGAUACAACAACCUAGAAAACAUUGCAACAAAAAAUAAAGAACAAACUUCUGUUAUGUCUAUUUUCACCAGAUCAUUACCCUGUACAAGCCAGUUGGUUCUGUCCCGUUUUGGCUUAGAGCACAUGUACAGUUUGAUCCUGAGUCAGCAGCACACUGCAGGGGGGCGGAGACUACAUCAAGCUCCGCCCCCACAAGCUUCCCUGACCAUGGCUGUGUCUUGUGCCUUGAUGUAGACCACUUCUUCACAUUUCAUUAAUUGUACAGUAUGUUUAAAGAGUGGAAGGAAAAAUAUAGAAGAAUCUAAAUAUUGUAACAAUUGUGAAUCUAAGCAAGAUUAAAAUGUAUUUUAGAUACAUA